AUGGGGAGGUCCCCGUGCUGCGAGCAGGCGCACACCAACAAGGGCGCGUGGACCAAGGAGGAGGACCAGCGCCUCAUCGCCUACAUCAAGGCCCACGGCGAGGGCUGCUGGAGAUCGCUCCCAAAAGCCGCAGGGCUGCUGCGGUGCGGGAAGAGCUGCCGGCUGCGGUGGAUCAACUACCUGCGCCCGGACCUCAAGCGCGGCAACUUCACGGAGGAGGAGGACGAGCUCAUCAUCAAGUUCCACGAGCUCUUCGGCAACAAGUGGUCGCUCAUCGCCGGGAGGCUGCCGGGCAGGACGGACAACGAGAUCAAGAACUACUGGAACACGCACAUCAAGCGGAAGCUCCUGGCCCGCGGCAUGGACCCGCAGACCCACCGCCCGCUCGCCGCCGUCGCCAGCGCGCCCGCGGGGCAGCAGCAUUACCAGCUGGAGGCACAGAAGCGGGCGGCCGGCGGCGGCGGCGGCGGCGUUGGCCCGGGCCAUCCGCACCACCACCAGGCUCCGCAGCAGGGCGUCAUCUCCAACUCGCCGGAGGCCGCCUGCAGCCGUAGCAGCGACGACGAGCCGCCGUCCGCCACGCCGACGCCGACGCCGACGCCGACGCCGCCGCCAAGGCGCCACCUCGACAUCGACCUCAACCUGUCCAUCAGCCUCGCGGCGUACCAGCCGCCGGAGGAAACCAGCAUCAUCAAGCCACUGAUGAAGCAGGACGAAGCGGCGGGGGCGGCGGCGGGCGGCACCAAUGCGGCGGCGGUGUGCCUGUGCCUCAACAGCCUCGGGUACCGGCCGGGCGUCGAGUGCGUCUGCGGCAGCGGCGGCGGCUCCUCCCAGCAAUGGGCUCGGAGUUUUUUACAGGCGGCUCCCUGCUACAGAGGCCAAUAG